AUGAGUUCCCUCGAUAUCACAGCUACAAGAAAAUGCUUCCCCGCAUUGGACAAGAAACAAGUGUAUCUUGAUAAUGCAGGCGGUAGUCAAACACUAGGGACUGUUAUAGACAGGAUCCAUGAUUACCUGAUCAACUCCAAUGUUCAGCUCGGCGGAUCAUACAACGUGGGCAAGCAAGCAAACACAAGUUACGCUACAGGAUAUGAAGCAGCCGCAAAAUACCUCAAUACAUCCCCAUCCAAUAUUGUCCUCGGUUCAAGCACAACCCAGAAUUUUCGAAACCUUUCUCAGGCUCUCAAUUUUCCACCAGACUCUGAGUUGAUCGUAUCAUCAAUUGAUCACGAAUCCAACAUUGCCUCCUGGGUUGCCCUCGCUGCAUCUCAAAAGUUAACUAUCCAAUGGUGGACACCGCCUUCGUCCAACAACCCCAUUCUCACUUCUGAGUCACUUCGUCCCUUACUCUCCUCCAAAACAGCACUUGUAACUCUCACACAUGCCUCUAAUAUCCUUGGUACCAUCCACGAUAUUCGCACCAUAUCCGAUCUCGUCCACACUAUUCCCGGUGCACUUGUCUGCGUCGACGGAGUAGCCUAUGCGCCUCAUCGUCCCGUCGACGUCCAAGACCUAGGCGUCGAUUUCUACGCUUUCAGCUGGUACAAAGUCUACGGCCCGCAUAUUUCCCUCCUAUAUUCCUCCCCUUCGGCCCUUAAAACCCUUAAAACCCUCGGUCAUUUUUUCAAUCCCUCCACAACCCUCGCCGACAAACUCGCCCUCGCCGGCUCAAACUACGAACUAACCAGUUCAAUUCCACAAGUCACCGAAUACCUCGCCACGCAAUCCUGGCACUCCAUCCGUCUCCACGAAGAAACGCUCCAAAAAUCCCUCCUACAAUAUCUUCUCUCCCGCCCGGAUAUCCAAAUCCUCGGCGAACCAUCCGGGGAUACGAACAAGCGGGUUUGUACGAUUAGUUUUACCGUGCGAGGGAAAGGGAGUAGGGAGUUUGUGGAAUUGGUCGAUGAGAUGAGUAGUGGGGAGGUGGGUAUUCGUUGGGGUAUGUUUUAUAGUAAUCGCUUGUGUGGGGAGGUGCUAGGGUUGGGGGCGGAGGGUGUGGUGAGGGUUAGUUUGGUGCAUUAUAAUAGUUUGGAGGAAGUAAACCGCUUGAUUGAGAUUUUUGACGAGAUUCUUGGGAAAGCAUAG